AUGGCGGCCGCGCCAGCCGACGCCGCCUGGGCGCGCGCCGUGGGACGGCUGCAGAGCGCCGUCGCGGGGCUGGAGGGCGCCUUCGGCGCCGCCGCCGCCGGGGCGGCGGCGGAGUGCUCGGCGCAGGCCUUCCCCGGGGAAGUGGCCCGGCUGGACCUGGAGAUCGUGCAGGCCGCCGGCGACGGGGCGCUGCUGGAGGAGCUGGCGUUCGAGCUGGCGGCGCGGUCGCUCAGUGCCUGCGUCGUGCCGUGCUUCUGGGCCUGCGUCCCCGGCGGCGCCGCGGGGGCCGCCAGCGCCGAGUCCGCGGAGCUGGAGCCCGGCUGGCAGGAGAGGCUACGGCGAGCCUUCGCCGCGCUGCUGCGGCUGCACCUGGGCCACUGCGAGCUGCUGCGCGCGCUGGGGACGCCGGGCGCGGGCAGGCUGGUGGGUGCCUACAGGGCCGCCUUCCGCGCCGAGCUCACCGAGAGCUGGCCGCCAUGGGCCUCGGAGCGGCUGCGCCUGUAUUUCGGCAGCACCUGGCGGCCGUUCGCCAGGAGCCGUGCCCGCCCGGGCGAGCAGCGCUACCAGUCGGAGGAGUGGUGGUGGGCUAUUUCGUCGGGCGACCAGGCAACGGCACCGUCUCGGCCCCCUCGCCGCCGGGUCCUGGAGCUCCUGGAGGCCUCGCGCCGGCCCGUGCGCGGAGGCGCGCCCGGCUGCGGGCAGGACGCGGUCAUGGGCGACGCGUGCCCGCCGGGACGGUGGCUCGCCGGGGACGGCGAGGGCAGCGGCGGCGAGGAGGACGAGGCGAUGUUCUCGGAGGCCGACUCCGACGCGAGCUCCGUUGACGCCGACGCUGCGGUGGACGACGACCCCAGGCAGCCGACCGCGUCCAGCGUCGAAGGACUGCGUGGGAUGGCGGUGUCCUUCCAGAGGAUGGGCCUGGGAGACAUCUGGCGGGACCUCGCCGUGCAGUUUGCCGUGGACCAGCUGGCCAGCACCGUCGAGGAUUGCCCGGUGGUGGCGCCGCGGCACCUCCCGGCGGGAGAAGCCGAGGGCGGCGAGUGCCCCCUGCGGGCCGAGGACGCGUGGUGGGGUGCAGCGCGGCAUCUGGUCCUCCAGUUGUUCCAGGCGUUCGCGGAUCUGCGCAUCGGGGAGGCCUUCGACAUGCUGAAGGAGUUCCCGGACUCCGCGCCCGCCCUGACGGACCUGCGGAGGUGCCUCGCGCGCACGGGGCGCGCCACGCUGCUCGUGAGGUCUCUGCGGGAGCAGCUGACACGGCGCCUGCUGAUUGCCGGGGCGCGCACGCACGACGUCAUCGGGGUGUACGUCAAGACCAUCAGGGCGAUGCGGCUGGUGGACCCGCGCGGCCUGCUCCUCGAGGCGGUGUCGGACCCCAUCCGGGCGUACCUGAAGAGGCGGAAGGACACCGUGAGGUGCAUCAUCACCGCGCUCACCGAGGACUCCGACCUGCUGCUCGAGCUCCGAGCGGAGGUCGCCAGGGCGCCCACCUCCGGGGGCGUCGCAGGCAGCGCCAUGGGGGCGGCGGUUGCGGGUGCUGGGGCCGCCGCCGGCAGCGCGGUUGGGCCCGGCGAGGGGACCGCAGGCAGCGCUGCACAUCCGGUGCCAGCGGCCGUCAUGCCGCCCUUGGAGCCGCCCGAGAUGUCUUUCGGCAACGCCGAUUUCGACGUCAGCGAGGAUGAGGAGGACCCAGACGCAUGGACCCCCGACCCCAUCGACGCGGACCCGCUCAUCCCCUCGAGGCAGCGGUCUGUGCAGGACGUGAUCUCUCUGCUGGUCGGCAUCUACGGCUCCAAGGAGAUGUUCAUCAAGGAGUACAAGGAGAUGCUGGCCGACCGGCUGCUCGAGACCUCGUCCUACAGCACCGAGCGUGAGGCGCACAACCUGGAGCUGCUGAAGACGCGUUUCGGCGAGACCGCGCUGGGCCACUGCGAGGUGAUGCUGCAGGACAUCAAGGACUCCAAGCGCCUCAACGCCAACGUGCAGCAGUGCACCGACCUGCGGCCGACGACGGCGCCCGCCGUGGGCUCGUCCGCUGGCGCGGCGCUCCGGCCGCCGACGAGGGCGGAGGCGGCCAGCGGGACGCCCGCCGCCGGCAGCCGGCCUCCGGUCGCCCCGUUCCGCCUCAGCAGCGCCAUCGCGCUGGCCGCGGCGCAGGACAGCCCCGCCGGCGAGGCUCAGGCCUCCCCGCCCGCGCUGGGCGCCAGUCGCGGCGGCCGCGCCGAGGAGCUGGGCGGGGAGAAGCUCCAGGUCAGAUAUCGCUGCCGGUGCGAGGUUGCUCUCGACCAGUACCUUUCCCCCGUGGGUCUGGGGCGCUCAUAA